AUGAGCUGCUUCUCUUGCCUUGUUGAUGAUGAUCACCACGGGAAGCAUGGGCCCGGGGAGAUGAACAGAAUGGAAUUAUUAAUUGAGAACUACUUUAAGAAGAAUAAUACAGGGAGAGGGCGGAAGAAGAAGAAGCAGGAUCGGGGUGAAAGCAAGACAGACGCUGCCAUCAGCUUUGGUUUUCGGGAGCUUGAAUGGGCAACCGACACUUUCAAGGAAGCCAACUUGAUUGGGGAAGGCGGUUUUGGAAGGGUUUACAAGGGUCGUCUCUUGACAGGCCAGGUGGUUGCUGUAAAACAAUUAAAUCAUGACGGGCAUCAAGGUUUUCAAGAAUUUGUGACAGAGGUGCUUAUGCUUAGCCUCCUCCACCAUUCUAAUCUCGUUAACUUGAUUGGCUAUUGCACCGAUGGUGAGCAGAGGCUGUUGGUGUAUGAAUAUAUGCCCAUGGGUAGCCUUGAAGAUCAUCUUUUUGCAGCAGAUCCUACAUUGAAUAAUAAUAAGGAAGGAGGGCUAAGUUGGAUAACUCGAAUGAAAAUCGCGGCCGGGGCUGCUCGUGGGCUGGAGUAUCUCCAUUGCAAAGCAAAUCCACCUGUUAUCUAUCGCGACUUGAAAUCGGCGAAUAUCUUAUUAGACAAUGAUUUCAACCCAAAACUCUCAGAUUUUGGGCUCGCCAAGCUAGGGCCUGUUGGAGACAACACCCAUGUUUCCACCAGAGUCAUGGGAACGUACGGCUACUGCGCCCCCGAAUAUGCCAUGAGUGGAAAAUUAACUCUUAAAUCCGAUAUUUACAGCUUUGGUGUUGUCUUGCUCGAGUUGAUCACUGGUCGUAAGGCCAUGGAUUUCACUAGAAAACAAGGCAGCCAAAACUUAGUUUCAUGGGCUCGUGCUUUCUUAAGUGACAGGAAAAAGUUUAGGCAAAUGGUUGACCCUCGAUUGCGGGGAAGCUAUCCUGUGCGUUGCAUGCAUCAUGCGAUUUGUAUAACCGCAAUGUGUCUGCAGGACCAACCAAUUUUUCGUCCACAUGUUCGUGAUAUUGUUGCUGCACUAGAUUACAUAGUUUCUCAGAGUAUUCUUGAACUCGAUAAGCAUGGAAGACUAGCUUCUCCCUCCGUCUCCGCCAUCGUUGAUGUCGUUGCUGCACCUUCUGUCGCCGGAGCUGUGUUUCUUUCCCCUUCUCCAAUCUUCAAGGAACAAGUCGGAGUUAUCGCUCCCGACUUAGACCUUUCACCCCUCUAUCUUGACAAGGUGGUCGUUGAUGGGGCAAUUGUCUCUCCUCCUCGUCCUAAAACUGAUUCUGAGCUGAAGACUAGUGGGCAACAAAUUAUUGAAUCUCCUCCUCGUGAGGUGGAUCAACAGGAAGGAUUUCUGCCGAGUUCUUCUGAGUCUCCGACUUUUGCCGCCGAAGAAAUUGCUCCGACCCCUCCGACUCCUGCAGCAGACCCGAGUUCCAUUCCUCUUGAUGACUCCACUCUUCCUUCCCAGUAA